CGGAGAGGCCUCGGUGCCUCCGCCCCUUUCGGAAAGCGCGUCUGGGGAUCACCGGGGGCCCGCUCCUCCCCGCAGGCGGGGGAGAAGGGGGGGAACAGGCGGCCCUUCCGUGGGGCUAUAAAGGGCUCCGGACCGCGGCGGCUGGUCUCCGCGUUCUCCGGCUCCGCCCUUUGCCGCCUUCCUCCGUCCCUGCUCGGGCUCCACUCGACCCUCUCGGGCCUCGGCUACUCGGGCUGAGGCGGAAGAUGGCGGCUCCGGAGGCACGGCCGGACUGCUCUGAGGGGGCGCUGGCUGCCGCUCUGCAGGACGUGCCGGAACUAGCCAGACUUCUGGAGAUAGACCCGUACCUUAAACCCUUCGCCCUGGACUUCCAGCGCAGGUAUAAGCGUUUCAACCAGACUUUGGACAGCAUUGGAGAGAAUGAAGGUGGUAUUGAUAAGUUUUCCAGAGGUUAUGAAUCUUUUGGUGUCCAUAGACGUGCUGAUGGUGGAAUAUACUGCAAGGAAUGGGCCCCAGGAGCAGAAGGAGUCUUUCUUACUGGAGAAUUCAAUGAUUGGAAUCCAUUUUCAUAUCCUUAUAAAAAGCUGGAUUAUGGGAAAUGGGAGCUGAUUAUCCCACCAAAGCAGAAUAAAUCCCCAUUAAUACCACAUGGAUCCAAAUUAAAGGUUGUUAUUAGGAGUAAAAGUGGAGAGAUCUUGUAUCGUAUUUCACCGUGGGCGAAGUAUGUGACUCGUGAAGGUGGUAAUGUGAAUUAUGACUGGAUGCACUGGGAUCCAGAGCAUUUGUAUAAAUUUAAGCAUUCCAGACCAAAAAAGCCCAAAAGUCUAAGAAUUUAUGAAUCUCAUGUGGGGAUUUCUUCCCAUGAAGGGAAAAUUGCUUCUUACAAACAUUUUACAUGCAAUGUACUACCCAGAAUCAAAGACCUUGGAUAUAACUGCAUUCAGUUGAUGGCAAUCAUGGAGCAUGCUUACUAUGCCAGUUUUGGGUACCAAAUCACAAGCUUUUUUGCAGCUUCAAGUCGUUAUGGUACUCCAGAAGAGCUGAAGGAACUGGUCGAUACAGCUCACUCAAUGGGUAUUACAGUUCUUUUGGAUGUGGUACAUAGUCAUGCUUCAAAAAAUUCAGAAGAUGGAUUGAAUAUGUUUGAUGGUACAGAUUCCUGUUAUUUUCAUUCUGGACCUAGAGGGAAUCAUGAUCUUUGGGACAGUAGAUUGUUUGCCUACUCCAGCUGGGAAGUUUUACGAUUUCUUCUGUCAAACUUAAGAUGGUGGUUAGAGGAAUAUGGCUUUGAUGGUUUUCGUUUUGAUGGAGUUACAUCCAUGCUCUAUCAUCACCAUGGAAUGGGUCAAGGUUUUUCAGGUGAUUACCAUGAAUAUUUUGGUCUACAAGUAGAUGAAGAUGCCUUAAUUUACCUCAUGUUGGCAAAUCAUUUGGUUCACAGUUUGUAUCCAGAUUCUAUAACAAUAGCUGAGGACGUAUCAGGAAUGCCAGCGCUGUGUUCUCCCAUUUCCCAGGGAGGGGGUGGCUUUGACUAUCGAUUAGCCAUGGCCAUUCCAGAUAAAUGGAUCCAGUUAAUUAAAGAAUUUAAAGAUGAAGACUGGAAUAUGGGCAAUAUUGUGUUCACACUCACAAACAGACGCUACCUGGAAAAGUGCAUUGCUUAUGCAGAGAGCCAUGAUCAGGCACUCGUUGGGGAUAAAACAUUGGCAUUUUGGUUGAUGGAUGCUGAAAUGUAUACCAAUAUGAGUGUGCUGGCCCCUUUUACUCCAGUCAUUGAUCGUGGAAUACAGCUUCAUAAAAUGAUUCGACUUAUCACUCAUGCACUUGGUGGAGAGGGCUAUCUCAAUUUCAUGGGUAAUGAAUUUGGGCAUCCUGAAUGGUUAGAUUUCCCUAGGAAAGGAAAUAAUGAAAGCUACCAUUAUGCCCGAAGGCAGUUUAAUUUAACUGAUGAUGACCUUCUUCGCUAUAAGUUCCUAAAUAACUUUGACAGGGAUAUGAAUAAAUUGGAAGAAAGAUGUGGUUGGCUUUCUGCUCCUCAGGCCUAUGUAAGUGAAAAGCAUGAAGCCAAUAAGGUAAUCACUUUUGAGAGAGCAGGUCUUCUUUUUAUCUUCAACUUUCAUCCAAACAAGAGCUACACUGACUAUCGAGUUGGAACUGCUUUGCCAGGAAAAUUCAAAAUUGUGCUAGACUCAGAUGCAGCAGAAUAUGGAGGACACCAGAGGCUGGACCACAGCACUGACUUCUUUUCUGAAGCUUUUGGCCAUAAUGAGCGGCCCUAUUCACUUUUGGUGUACAUUCCUAGCCGAGUGGCCCUCGUCCUUCAGAAUGUGGACCUGCCCAACUGAGGAGACCAGAUUUCAGCUCCACUGGAGGAAGACGUGUGCUCAUUUACCAUUCUCAGUGUCACAGAGCUUAUGAGGUGUAAGCUUUUCAAAAUGCACUUGUCUAGCUACAGCGUCACAUAUCUGUACUUACACAUUGGUUUAUGUAAAUGAAUGUCAAGUAUUUCUUUAAGAGGUAAAAAAGAGGAUAUUUUUAAAAUUUCAGGUACCUUACACUAUAUUUUCCAGCCAUCGGAGCAGUUGGAAUUCUUAGAUGCAGUAUUAUACGUAAUGUCAUUAAGCAGUUUUACUCUCUUGGUCAAUUAUUUGAGCCUUUCAAAUUCAAAUUUGGUGUUGUGUCAAGUGUGAUUAUUUCAGUUGAAUUUAUGCAAUAUUUUUUGUUUUAAUGGACACUUAAUUGCUUUGUUUGGUCUGAUAUAUUUUGGUCUAAAUUACAAGAUAUCAAGAUUGUUUUCUGACUUUCAAAUUAUGUUUAGAAAUACUGUAAUAAAUAUGUAGUAAUAAUAUAAAAUUCAAAACUAUAAAAAUAAUAUAAAAGUCAUUAUCUAUGACUCAUUCAUGCUUCAUUUGGCAUGAAUGAGUUUUAUCUUCUGAUCACUUACUCGGUAUCUUGGUAAAUGCUGAUAUCAUAGACUUUCUGAAGUUCUAAAUUGGUCAUUGUAACAUUUCCGAAAAUUCUUUUACUCUCAAUAAAUGAAA